UCUGGUUUUAGAAGUCUGCCUCUUUGGCCAAGGCGGCUCCGGACGAGGCCCCCAACAACAGCGCCCUGAGGUGGCAGCGGUGGUGCCUGCGGGGACCACCAGCAGCCGCGGGCUGAGGAGAGGUCGGGAUCCAGGCAGGGCCGCUGUAUCCCACCAGAGGAAGGCCAAGUAUCCCUGUGGGGGAGGAGCAGUCCCCAUGCCAGGCCUCCCGAUGUCCCCAGGUCUCAAAAUCCCCAUCUCCCGUUCAGGGCAAGAAGAGUCCGCAACUCCUAUGCCAACAACUGAUAAAGAUCCCAAAGAAGAAAAAGAGGCAGAUGAUUGUGCCCUGUCUCAGGAAGUUUACAUUGCUGCAUCCAGACCUAGCCGGGGGUGGCGCAGUAGGAGCAGGACAUGUGUUUCUCCUCAUGGGAUACAGAGAACAUCUGAAGCUCUCAGUGCAAGACCGGUUCAUUGCAGCUCAUCUGCAAAUCAGAACCAAAUACAGACCAACUCGAUUAUGAUGUUCGAGAAGCGUCCGUCUCCAGGUGGCACUAGCAAGGAGGAAGAAGAAGAGAUAUUAAUCAGUGAAGAGGAGAUGCCAUUCGAAGAUGACCCAAGAGAUGAGACCUACAAACCCCUCUUAGAAAGGGAGACCCCAAAGCCACUCGAAAAUCAGGGAAGGUGAAAGGAGAGAAGGAGAAGAAGGAAAUUAAAGUGGAAGUAGAGGUAGAGGUAAAAGAAGAGGAGAAUGAAAUUAGGGAGGAUGAGGAACCUCUGAGGAAGAGAGAAAGAAGAUGGAAAGAUGACAAAAGUCCACAUUUACCCAGAAGGAGGAAAAAAGCCUCCAACCCAGUAUGUCCAUUGUGAGAUGGAAGGAUGUGGAACUGUCCUUGCCCAUCCUGGCUAUUGGCAGCACCAUGUUAAAUAGCAUUUGUUGAAAAAAAAUAUGUAUGUCUCCAUCCCUCCUGUGGACGACUCUGUAGGCUCCGGAAGCGACUUCUAUGACAUGCCAAACAUCAUCCAGAUCAAAGGGAUUUUAUAUCUGUGAAUACUGUGCUCCGGCCUCCGAGAGUUCCCACAGUCUGGUAGUGCACCAGAUGAUUCACAUUGGCGAGAAGCCAUUAUCACAGUGUGAGAUCUGUAAAUUGACUUCUCGACAAAAGGCAUCUCUUAAUUGGUACAUAAAGAAGCAUGAGGCCGGGUGCCGUGGCUCAUGCCUAUAAUCCCAGCACUUUGGGAGGUCAAGGCGGGUGGAUCACCUGAGGUCA